UGACCCCAUUUCCAAUCACAAAUUCAGCCAGCCACAUCCUCAUUCCUACCCAGCUACAAAUAAUAAACCAAAACCCCCUUUUGUUGACUCUUCAUCCUUCGGAAUCGAUCACCUUUCAAGUCUUAAAUCACGUUUACGACUCCUAAUUACCUUGUUCCACUUCAAUUGAAAUUGAUGGAUUGUACUCCUGGAACACCGAAUUCGGAGAACACAAAGGGUGUGGAGGAGGUGAAGAAGAUAAAGUACAGAGGAGUACGGCGGCGGCCGUGGGGAAAGUACGCCGCCGAGAUCCGAGAUCCGAAACUGGCAGCUAGGGUUUGGUUAGGUACCUUCGACUCUGCCAUUGAAGCUGCUAGAGCUUAUGAUAAAGCUGCUUUUGAAAUACGUGGGCGCAAAGCGAGUCUUAAUUUCCCCCUUGAGAUUGGUGGGAUUACGACGCCGGAAUCAACUAACGCCGCCCGGAAAAGAAAGAAGGACACGGUGAAGACUAUGGAAGGUGAAGAUAACGGAGACGACACCUCCCCUAUUAACGCCAUCAAAAUGUUUGACGGUUUAGGGCCAUCUCCUCUCACGGCACAUAGCUCUGGUCGUUCGAUCACUCCUCUCACGGCACACGGUUCUGGUCGUUCAAUCUCUCCUCCCUGUCAGUCACCACCGAUGGGAGUGAAUAACGAUGAUGAUGACGACGACGAUAACGAUGAUGACGACGAAGACGACAACGAUGAUGGUGCUAAGAAAGAGAAAUUUAAAUGGACAGACCAGUCUCUUUUGGCUAUGUGCGAUAUCUUGAACAAAUACCUUACGCGGAAUGGCCGAAAUUCGUCGUUUAAAUGGACGGGUCUUCAGUUGGAGUUUGAAAGAAUUAGUCAGCACAAAUUUAAUAGUGUAAAAGCUUUAAAGAACAAGUACGCUGCAAUGAGGAGAACUUAUAAUCUUUGGAAAUUAUUGAAAAAUGGUGAAAUUAAUGGUACAGGGAAACUGGAUUAUUCAGAUGAUUGGUGGGAAGAAAAGAUUAAGGAAAACCCAGAUUAUAAAAAGAUUCGGAAAAAACAACCUUCUAGAGAAUUGCAGGAGGCAUGGAAUCAGUUAUUUGAGAAUGUAGGGGUAGAUUCUACUGUAGAUCCAAAUACUUCCGGUCAACUACAUGAUGUGAGUCUUGAGGUUAAGGAUGACGGGGACGAUGAUACGUUAGAUGUUUCUUCAGAACGCACACCACACUCUUCCCAAUUCGGGAAUCUAGAAACCGAAGAGACCGCGUUGUAUUCAACUUUCAUAAACGAAGUGAGACAAGAAGACGUCUUACCACCAAACCAAGGUGACCGAUGCAACCAGUGUCAAAAGAAUGUCAACACAAGUACUAAACCUACACCUAGUCCGAGGAUUAAGCGUAAAAUGAGUCCUACUCAACAACGUGGUUUGAAUAUAGUCAACCAAGUUGGUAAUUCUAGUAUUAGCGCAUCUAUAAGGGUGAUCAACCACAUGGUUGAUGAAGGAUUAGUGGCAUCAUGCAGUGAGCUGUGGUGUUUUGCAGUCAGUUUGUGUGAAGAUAGUGUGAAAAGAGAAAUUUUUUUGAGUUUGCCGGAUAAUGCUGGUAGGCUGGCUUGGCUGCGGUAUAAGCAAAAUCUCGGUCACUAGUUUCUUUUUGAUGAUUGUUCUGUGUUGUUUUCAUCCCAUAUAUAGAAUCUAAUGACUUCGGAUUUUACUUUUCUUGUAAUCCCAGUUGUAACAUAUAUGUUAACAUAUCAGGUGUUCAUAUUCGAACGUUGGUGGUUGGGUGUGAACUUUUGAUGCAA